AUGGAGAAGUAUCGAUAUAACGAGAAGUAUCGAUAUAUCGAAAAGUAUCAAUAUAUCGAAAAUACCGAUAUAUCGAUAAGUACCGAUAUAUCGAAAAGUACCGAAAAGAUAUCGAAAAGUAUCGAAAAGAUAUCGAAAAGUAGCGAUAUAAUAUCGAAAAGUAUCGAAAAGAUAUCGAAAAGUAUCGAAAAGAUAUCGAAAAAUAUCGAUAAGUAUCGAAAAGAUAUCGAUAAGUAUCGAAAAGAUAUCGAUAAGUAUCGAAAAGAUAUAGAUAAGUUUCGAAAAGAUAUCGAAAAGUAUCGAAAAGACAUCGAAAAGUAUCGAAAAGUUAUCGAAAAGUAUCGAAAAGAUAUCGAAAAGUAUCGAAAAGAUAUCGAAAAGUAUCGAAAAGAUAUCGAAAAGUAUCGAAAAGAUAUCGAAAAGUAUCGAACAGAUAUCGAAAAGUAUCGAAAAGAUAUCGAAAAGUAUCUAUAUAUAUCGAAAAUAUCGAUAUAUAAGUACCGAAAAGAUAUCGAAAAGUACCGAAAAGAUAUCGAAAAGUACCGAAAAGAUAUCGAAAAGUAUCGAAAAGAUAUCGAAAAGUAUCGAAAAGAUAUCAAAAAGUAUCGAUAUAUCGAUAAAAAAGAUAUCGAAAAGUACCGAAAAGAUAUCGAUAAGUACCGGAAUGAUAUCGAAAAGUACCGAAAAGAUAUCGAAAAGUACCGAAAAGAUAUCGAAAAGUACCGAAAAGAUAUCGAAAAGUACCGAAAAGAUAUCGAAAAGUACCGAAAAGAUAUCGAAAAAUACCGAAAAGAUUUCGAAAAGUACCGAAAAGAUAUCGAAAGGUACCGAAAAGAUAUCGAAAAGUACCGAAAAGAUAUCGAAAAUUACCGUAAAGAUAUCGAAAAGUACCGAAAAGAUAUCGAAAAGUACCGAAAAGAUAUCGAAAAUACCAAAAAGAUAUCGACAAGUACCGAAAAGAUAUCGACAAGUACCGAAAAGAUAUCGACAAGUACCGAGAAGAUAUCGAAAAGUACCGAAAAGAUAUCGAAAAGUAUCGAAAAGAUAUCGAAAAGUAUUGAAAAGAUAUCGAAAAGUAUCGCAAAGAUAUCGAAAAGUAUCGAAAAGAUAUCGAAAAGUAUCGAUAUAUCGAUAAGUAUCGAUAUAUCGAAAAAUAUCGAUAAGAUUCGAAAAGAUAUCGAUAAGUAUCGAAAAGAUAUCGAUAAGUAUCGAAAAGAUAUCGAUAAGUAUCGAAAAGAUAUAGAUAAGUUUCAAAAAGAUAUCGAAAAGUAUCGAAAAGACAUCGAAAAGUAUCGAAAAGUUAUCGAAAAGUAUCGAAAAGAUAUCGAAAAGUAUCGAAAAGUUAUCGAAAAGUAUCGAAAAGAUAUCGAAAAGUAUCGAAAAGAUAUCGAAAAGUAUCGAAAAGAUAUCGAAAAGUAUCUAUAUAUAUCGAAAAUAUCGAUAUAUAAGUACCGAAAAGAUAUCGAAAAGUACCGAAAAGAUAUCGAAAAGUACCGAAAAGAUAUCGAAAAGUAUCGAAAAGAUAUCGAAAAGUAUCGAAAAUAUAUCGAAAAGUAUCGAAAAGAUAUCAAAAAGUAUCGAAAAGAUAUCGAAAAGUAUCGAAAAGAUAUCGAAAAAUAUCGAAAAGUACCGAAAAGAUAUCCAAAAGUACCGAAAAGAUAUCGAAAAGUACCGAAAAGGUAUCGAAAAGUACCGAAAAUAUAUCGAAAAGUAUCGAAAAGAUAUCGAAAAGUAUCGAAAAGAUAUCGAAAAGUAUCGAAAAGAUAUCGAAAAGUAUCGAAAAGAUAUCGAAAAUAUCGAAAAGAUAUCGAUAAGUAUCGAAAAGAUAUCGAUAAGUAUCGAAAAGAUAUCGAUAAGUAUCGAAAAGAUAUCGAUAAGUAUCGAAAAGAUAUAGAUAAGUAUCGAAAAGGUAUCGAUAAGUAUCGAAAAGAUAUCGAAAAGUAUCGAAAAGAUAUCGAAAAGUAUCGAAAAGACAUCGAAAAGUAUCGAAAAGAUAUCGAAAAGAUAUCGAAAAGUAUCGAAAAGAUAUCGAAAAGUAUCGAAAAGAUAUCGAAAAGUAUCUAUAUAUAUCGAAAAUACCGAAAAGAUAUCGAAAAGUACCGAAAAGAUAUCGAAAAGUACCGAAAAGAUAUUGAAAAGUACCGAAAAGAUAUCAAAAAGUACCGAAAAGAUAUCGAAAAGUACCGAAAGGAUAUCGAAAAGUACCGAAAAGAUUUCGAAAAGUACCGAAAAGAUAUCGAAAAGUACCGAAAAGAUAUCGAAAAGUACCGAAAAUAUAUCGAAAAGUACCGAAAAUAUAUCGAAAAGUACCGAAAAGAUAUCGAAAAGUACCGAAAAGAUAUCGAAAAGUACCGAAAAGAUAUCGAAAAGUACCGAAAAGAUAUCGACAAGUACCGAAAAGAUAUCGAAAAGUACCGAAAAGAUAUCGAAAAGUAUCGAAAAGAUAUCGAAAAGUAUCGUUAA